ACGUUUUAGCAUCACAAAACAGUUACAGUGGAACAGUUUUUCACAUUGUUGAACCGAUAGUCUCAUAUAUCAAGCCGCGAGUAUUAGACUAACAAACAGAGCUAAGUAAAAACUUAUCCAGGGUCAAAUACAUCUGCACACGUGGCAUUCGACUCGUAUAGCGCAUCGCUAGUCGCGUUUGGCAGCCGAGAUUUGUAGCGAACAAAGAGAAAUUUUAUCAUCAGUUUUUGUCAAUCUGUUUAUAUAAUCAGUCAUUGUGACAUUUUCAUAAAUUAAUCCAAAUUACGUGCGUAAGAGUGAAUAAGAUUCCUUUAUCUUAUUCAGCAAGAGUAACUAACAAAAAUGGCAGAGACAGAACAACAAUGUAUGGAAAUAAAACUCUCUGUACCCUGGGGUCACGUUGCUGCCAAAACCUAUGGCUCUCCCACAGGAAAGCCAGUCUUACUAGUGCACGGACACCAAGAUAACUUGGGAUCUUUUACUAGACUGAUGAAGUAUUUACCAAAAGAAUUAUUUUAUUACGUAUGCAUAGAUUUACCUGGCCACGGAUGGUCGUCACCCUUUCCAUCUUGGAUGAUGAUAGACAUAACAGUUUACACACACGGAUUAUAUUUCAUCUUAGAAGCCCUGCAGUGGAAAAAGUUUAUUUAUAUAGGACACAGUUUAGGAACGCAAAUAGCUUUCAUGUUCAGUAUUUUUCAACCAAAUAGAAUCAGGAAGUUAAUUUCUCUUGAUGGGCUUCUUAUGGGUCACCUGAAGGAAGAUUAUGUACUACAUUUUUAUAUAACAUCUACACUUGUAGUAAAAACUUAUCAUAAAACCGAAAAACCGCGGUCUUACACUAAAACAGAAAUAUUACAUGCUCUUAAGACUAUGAGGAUGUCACCUUUAAAUUCCGAAGCUGCUGAUGCGCUGUUUGAGCGUGCAGUUACGAAAAUAAAUGGGAAUGGGAAGUAUAUAUAUAAUAGAGAUUUGCGAUUAAGACAUCAACCUCUUUUAUUUAUGAAUAUGGAAGAAUGUCAGAAGUUUAAUAACAAGCUUUCAGUUCCAAUAUACCUCUUUCUUCCAUCUCACGGUGUUCUUCGUAAACAUGAAGAAGAACUUAAAUUAGUGUUGGAAACGAUAAAAACUAAAACCAUGUUGGAAAUAAUUAAUAUAGACGGAAAUCAUGACGUUCAUAAUAAUAAUCCCGAAAAUAUCGCGCCAUUUGUAUGUGAAAUAUUGAACAGUGACAAUUUCAGCAAACUGUAGACAAUUGUGUGUCUGUGUAUUAACAGAUUGCCUAUUUAAGUUAGAAUUUUUCAUGGAAAAAACAAUUGAUAAUGUCCUCUAAAAGAUUUUAUUAUAUAUAUAUAUAUAUAUAUAUAUAUGUAAUAUAUUGUAUAUGUUAUUAUAAAUAGUCCUAAUUUACGCAUGAAAAUUGUGUGGAAUGAGUCAAAUAAUUGAAUUUUAAAAAAUAUAUUGUAUAUAUAAUACGCAUAUAGGUAUACUGUAUAUCUAUAUUUGUACUUCUCGUAUGCAAUUUACAUUUUACAAUGUUAAUAUUUAUUCAACUGGUGAGGUAAGGUAUUGUAAGGUAUCAUAUAAAAAAUAGUUAUAAAAUGUAUUGCAGUAAAAAAGAUAUUGUAUUAUAAAAA